GAUGCUAUUCAGCUUACCAGUGUCCAUCCUAAAAUAUCCUCGGAACUGAAUUUGAUACCGCAGACAUUGCCUAGAACAGACUAUGGCCCUCCUAUCUUGGAUAAUUUGGCUCUCUGGAAGCCUUCCUCAACACAUCAAGAAAAGAGGCUAAAAGAAAUGAAUGCAAAAAAGUGAAUAGGUCAUGGCACGCUUAACAAAGAGACGACAAGCGGAUACAAAAGCUAUCCAGCAUCUUUGGGCAGCUAUUGAGAUCAUUCGAAACCAGAAGCAAAUUGCUAACAUUGACCGCAUUACAAAGUAUAUGUCUCGAGUCCAUGGUAUGCAUCCAAAAGAGACAACCCGACAGCUGAGCUUAGCAGUGAAAGAUGGUCUUAUUGUGGAGACCCUAACUGUGGGCUGCAAGGGUUCAAAAGCUGGUAUUGAACAAGAAGGCUAUUGGUUACCAGGAGAUGAGAUUGACUGGGAAACAGAAAAUCAUGACUGGUAUUGUUUUGAAUGCCAUUUGCCUGGAGAGGUAUUGAUAUGUGACCUGUGUUUUCGUGUUUAUCAUUCCAAGUGUUUAUCUGAUGAGUUCAGGCUUAGAGACAGCAGUAGCCACUGGCAAUGUCCAGUUUGCAGGAGUAUUAAGAAAAAAAAUACAAGCAAGCAGGAGAUGAGCACAUACCUGAGAUUCAUUGUCUCCCGAAUGAAGGAGCGGGCUAUAGAUCUUAACAAAAAGGGGAAGGACAAUAAGCACCCAAUGUACAGAAGAUUGGUACAUUCAGCUGUUGAUGUUCCUACAAUACAAGAGAAAGUGAAUGAAGGAAAGUACAGAAGUUAUGAAGAAUUCAAAGCUGAUGCUCAGCUUCUUCUUCACAACACAGUGAUUUUCUAUGGAGCGGACAGUGAACAAGCUGACAUAGCCAGGAUGCUUUAUAAAGAUACAUGCCAUGAGCUGGAUGAACUGCAACUUUGCAAGAAUUGCUUCUAUUUGUCAAAUGCACGUCCUGACAACUGGUUCUGCUAUCCUUGUAUACCUAAUCAUGAGCUGGUUUGGGCCAAAAUGAAGGGUUUUGGGUUUUGGCCAGCCAAAGUCAUGCAGAAAGAGGACAAUCAAGUUGAUGUUCGCUUCUUUGGUCACCAUCACCAAAGGGCCUGGAUUCCUUCUGAAAAUAUACAAGAUAUCACAGUUAACAUCCAUCGGUUGCAUGUGAAACGCAGUAUGGGCUGGAAAAAAGCAUGUGAUGAGCUGGAACUGCAUCAACGCUUCCUGCGUGAAGGAAGAUUUUGGAAGUCUAAGAAUGAGGAUCGAGGUGAAGAAGAAGCAGAGUCCAGCAUCUCCUCUACCAGUAAUGAACAGCUGAAGGUCACUCAGGAACCAAGAGCAAAGAAAGGGCGACGUAAUCAAAGUGUGGAACCCAAAAAAGAAGAACCAGAGCCUGAAACUGAAGCUGUAAGUUCUAGCCAGGAAAUUCCCACAAUGCCUCAGCCAAUAGAAAAGGUUUCGGUCUCAACUCAGACCAAGAAGUUAAGUGCCUCUUCUCCAAGAAUGCUGCAUCGGAGCACACAGACCACUAAUGAUGGAGUGUGUCAAAACAUGUGCCAUGACAAAUACACCAAAAUCUUUAAUGAUUUCAAAGACCGAAUGAAAUCUGACCACAAACGAGAAACUGAAAGGGUUGUACGAGAAGCACUGGAGAAGCUGCGUACUGAAAUGGAGGAAGAAAAAAGGCAAGCUGUAAAUAAAGCUGUGGCCAAUAUGCAGAGUGAGAUGGACAGGAAAUGUAAACAGGUAAAAGAAAAGUGUAAAGAAGAAUUUGUAGAAGAGAUUAAGAAGCUAGCAACACAGCACAAGCAACUGAUUUCACAGACCAAGAAGAAGCAAUGGUGCUACAACUGUGAAGAGGAAGCCAUGUACCAUUGCUGUUGGAAUACAUCCUAUUGCUCGAUCAAGUGUCAGCAGGAACACUGGCAUGCUGAACAUAAACGCACCUGUCGCCGAAAAAGAUGAAAGCUGUAUUCCUCCUCCUCCAGAGAGAGAGAGAGAGAGAGAGAGAGAGAGAGAAUCACCCCGAUGAUUGCUAUUCUCAGACAAAGCGGUUUUUGUUUCCAAGAAGCCAAAAUUGUUUAGAAUUUGCUUCCCAUUUUGCACCAGCCUUUAAACACUUUUCGUGAAGAAAUUUUGCACAGUAGUUUAAAUCUUCUGUUCAUGCUCCUCCAGAUUUUGUCAGUAAGUAAGAUUAACAUCAGUGGAGGGUAUUUUAAGGGUUAUUUUAAAUGAAUUUUAAUUGAGGAUUUGUUGCAUUUUCAGCAAAUUUUAAAACAUUUUUAGGUUUUACAGAGAUUUUAACCUUUAAACAACAGAUCUUUAAAAAAAAAAACAACAGGUGAAUACAAGUGAGUUUAACAAAGAAACAUUUAAAAUAGAUCUGAAUGUAAGAAAUAUAGAACUGUUUCAGAAAUAAAACAUACUACCUUGAUGUAACAUUUAUUUCUUAACCUUGUUGAGCUGGUUUUGUUCAGCUUAAUUUACUGUUUAAAGGCAUUAUCUAUUGGUUAUGCCAGUGGGUAUAUGAUUGAAUUUAGGGAACAGGGUUGACACAGCAGGUGCUAGUCCUGCAUAUUUUUUCUUAAAUAUUUCCCAAUUGUGUUUUUCAUUAUUUCUUUUCAAUAUAUAACUUUUAUAACAAAUUAUUAGCUUUGAUCUCGUAGUUUAAAAUUGCAGGGAACUGGGGUAAUCUUUUACUGAGCUGGAUCUUAGAAAAAAUGAAUAUUUAAAUUUUAAAGUUUGCACAUUUCAUUCUUGUCCUAACACGAGUGCUUGUAACAAAACAAGGAAAAGCCAAAAACUACCUUUAUUCAUACAUGAAAUUUUAGAUGAGGCAUACAAAUUUCUUUAAUGCUUCCCUUCCCUCCCCAAGUAUCAUCUGACUGCCUAUUAUCUGGUGUCACCUAGUCCAUUGUAAGUUAAUACUCAAAGGAAAGAAAGCACUUAAGUGUCACAGAAGCCGUUAUGUUUGUAGUAAUGGGUCAUUGCCUGUUAAUGAGCUCCAUCACUGUACACAGAAUGAAGAAUAAUGCAUGUUAAUUUUCUUGUAUUAAAGAUGCCGUGAUUUGUAAAAAGUCUGUAUUUUGAGGAAUGUCUGGAUUAAGAAGCAUUACCAAUAGGAAUGGAUCGAUAGUUGAAUAAUGAGUUUUUUUUACACAUAGAUAUAUAAAUCACAUCCAGUAAAACUUACUUAAAUUUCUUUUCUUUCAAAAUGUCUCAUAAUUUGUUUUUUCAGAGGCUGAUUGAUCUUAGACCAAGUCAAAUUCCCGUUAUCAUCUAGCUAUUUUUUGAGAAGUUAGAGGAAUAAUUUGUAAAUAUUUAUUUAGAUCUUUGAUAUUUAUUAAAAGCAAUUACACACAAUGGAAGUGAAAGAAUAAGGAGAAAAGCCUUUUAAAAAGUUUUCUCUGGGUUUUGUCAGGGUCACUCUAAAUAUAAAAAUCUAACUAAACCUUCUGUGAAAAAAACAUCCAAACCUAAUGUUGUUGCAGAUGGUGGUGACACAAGUUAAUUGACCAGCGACUGCCAAAUAAUGCACAAUAUUUUGCAGAAACUACAUAGCAGCCCCAUUCAAAACAACAUACUAAACUACACAGUGACGUGCAUUAUUUCUCGUUUCUGUGUAAUUAAUCCAUGUUGCCAUUGUGCUGUGGCACUGGUGAGGUCCAUCAUAGCUGAAGAAAAUUAAUCUUGUUCAGUUAUUUUACAAAUUCCCAAACUUCGAUCCACCCCUAUGAAAGCAAGUUAUUGUGGAAAUAUUUUUGGUGUAAAAUCAUUCCAGAGUAUGUACUAUUUAACUGAUAGCUGCAUGAAAGUAAGAUUUCGUGUUACUUUGGCUUUUUCGUCUCUGUUGACACGGUUGCACAUUUCCAAGUUACUACAGCGUGAAAACUGUGUGUUUAAAAAAAAAAAAAAAAAAAAAAAAGACAUUGUGGCCUGGUUUUUGUAUAAGUUUUAGGUAAAAUUACAAUUGAUUGUUUUAGGAAUCAUUAUUAAAAAUUAAUUUUCUGCAAAUCAUAAAGCUAUAUUACGGUGUUGAGCUUAGCCACUAUGCACAUUGUAAUUAUUCAUUGUGGCUGUCCAGUUCUAUGAUGCAUUCUGGCAUUUUGUAAGCUGCUCUGACUAGCAAUAUAUAGAGUCAUUUAAUGUGUUAACAUUGGUUAAUAAAUGUAUUUAAAAAAAAAUCACUGGCUUAAUAAAGUGUCAAUCUAGUCCAGUCCCCUGCAUCUAAAUACAACUGCAGCUGAAUGUUGAUUCUGUAUUAUGGGUCAUUCAUUUGCAACCAUUUUCCUUAUAAAAGAAUAAUUUUAUUAAAGUAAUUCUCCUACAAGCAACAUUUAUUUAAAUUGAAAUUUCAUUCACGAUUUUUUUAAAGUUGUAUUUUGUACCAUGGUUAACAAGAGAGGUGUGAUAUCCAUUUGAGGGACCUGAUAAAUUUAAUACAUCGCCAUAUUUGGAUUUUUCUAGCUUUUUCAGGAAAACUGACUAUAUUUGGUCAAUAAAACUGUCUAUAUCUAAGAAAGUUGGUCUGGUUUCUGCAUCAUGCAAAACUGGGCAAAUACUUUAAAAUGUAUGUUAGCAAGGAAUUCAGCUAAAAGCCUUUUUUUUUCUUCAAUUCUUCAAUUUGACACUCAAUGUUCUAUUGACUAUUUACUAAGGCACACCAAAUUUGAAUCACCUGCCAUGUGACCUUACAUUAAGUCACUGGGAUUAGAACAUUGUGAUUUCAGCUAGAAAACAGAAAUGCUUAUUCUUUUAGGAAUUGUGCUGUCAUUGAAAUUUGCUAACAAGUAUAUAUGGGAUAUGUUCACAUGUAUAUAUUUGCGUCAUUUCUUGGGCCGUACCCUUUCCUCUUCUUCACCCUGCUACUCUCAUCCACAGGUGGAGGAGAUCCCAUUGACCCAAAGGGAACUCCAGCUGCAGGACAUGUCCAGAGAGGAAGGAAAAUCCUCAUUGUAAUCACUUCCAACAUUCAAUGUUUGACCAUUUCUGUGUAUUAUCUUUGGAUCUCUAUAUAGUGUGUCACAAAAAAAAAAAGCGCAAAUAUCAAAAAGCGAGAAUUUAUUUCUUUGUAAAUUGAAUAUGAAACAAAAUUAUCUUGGAUUUUUACUGUAUUAAGCAUUUGUUAUUCCAUUUUAAGAAAUAAUGUUCCUAUAGCAGUAUCUUUAUUUGCUUUUAUGCUGUACAUAUGCUUCACUGGAACGUGUCAGACAUGAUGACGAGUGGAUCCCAUCUUUUUCUUAAUCUAGUGGUGCUCCUACUUUCAGCUCACCAAUCCCAAAUGUUGGUAGUUUCAGCGUCAGGCUCCCCAGCAUUAUAAAGUAGUUUACCUGGUCCUUACCUGCUGCUCUGUGCAUGUUUCUUGUCCUGUAAGCAUACAUCUCUGAAAGACAAAAAUAGUUUUGAGUUCUGAAUACUGGUUUCUCGGAUUAUCAGAGGAAAUGAGGUUGCAACAUUGUUAAUAAAAAUCAUUUAAAUUA